GCGAAAUAAGUAGAUUGUAUAGAUAGUGUAAGUAAGUGCAAGUAGGUGCGUUACUGAAAUAUAUUUUCCGGUGACUAGUUUUCAACUAUUCUUGGGCUGCAUUGUUCGAAAUUAAGGGUCAAUGAGCCAAGAUCAAUUUAGGUAUGGCAUGGGUUAUGAAUUCAAAUCCCAUUCACAGUACGUUUUCCUCAUUAUUUGUGCAAAAUGGAGACGAUAUUAUCAUCAGCGAGGAUUGUUUGGCUAUACUAGAGGAAAUUCUACGUAAGCUAGCUUCAGAAGAUUGUUCCUUAAGGACAUUUCGGAGGGCAAUUGGUUUUGGACAGAAUAUCAGAAAAAACCUCAUCCCACUGUUGAUCCAUGUCAAAAACGAUGCUAAAAUCACUGAUUCCACAAAAAUCAUUGACACUAUCAUUAAAAUUCUAGUUAACCUUACGAUACCAGUUGAAUACCUUGUGUCUGUCGAAGUGAGGUCCAACACAGAUGUGGAGAAGCAUACAAUAUUUGAACUCAACAAACUGUUAACAUCCAGCAAAGAAGUUUUUGCUGAAAGCAAAAGUACCAAGGCAGUUGUUGAUCAUAUGAAGUUUAUAGUGGAGUCGGACUCACAGCUAAAUUUAGAGCAAUGUGAUAACAUUAACAACUGUUUAUUACUCCUAAGAAAUAUUCUUCAUAUUCCUGAAAAUCGAGAACCAUCUUCGAAUGGAUUUAGCCACACCAGUAUGCAGAAUCAAAUUAUGUGGAAUUUGUUUACGCAAAGUAUUGACAAAAUCAUCAUUUACCUAAUGUCGUGUUCUCAGAGGGUUUAUUGGGGCGUAACAUUAGUUCAGCUAAUCGCUCUGAUGUACAAAGACCAGCAUGUGGGAACUCUUCAGAAACUGCUCAAUCUUUGGCUGGAAGCUUGUUACAGUGACAGUUCUGAGGACAACGAAAGUAAUACUUCGCCACCUGACCAAGGUAGCGAUGAUUCAUCGCCAGUCAUAACAUCAGAUCCUACCUCUGAUUCCAGUGAUACUGGAAGCAAUGGUCGAAAUAAAUCGAGCAACAACAAUACCAAUAACAGGGUCACUAUAGAUAGAAGUAAAAAUACUUCUGAGACUAUUAGAACUUCACAAACAAGAAACAAAAAUAUCAAUACAGUAAAGAGAAAUAAAAGUACUGAAACAGAAACUAGUACAAGCAGUGGAGUAUCAUCAAUGGGACACAGUACUGAGUCCAACGAUGGUACUCUUCAAUCUACUCAAAGUCAACAAGCGCUACAAAACUCAAAAAGGUCUUCCAUCUGUCAGUCAAAUCAAAGUGAAAUAUCCGAUUGUGGAUAUGUAACACAAAUGGAAAAUCAGGAAUCAAUUUCAACCUCAAGUAAUGAAGAUGAUCAACCUCAUCAAAAACCAGUACAUCAAAAGCCACCUAUUUUUCAAAAGACUCGGUAUAACAGUAGCAAGAAUAGAACUACAACUACUUUAGAUAAAAAGGAGCUGAGAAGAAAGAAGCUUGUAAAAAGAAGAAAAACCAACAUUAUCAACAUGAAGGGACUUAUUCAUCAUCUUCCUACAGACGAAGAUAUCGCAAACAUUCUGAAAGAAUUUACAGUAGAUUUUCUUUUAAAAGGUUAUGGUACUUUGGUCAAUGAUCUACACACGGAACUGAUAUCAAAUAUUCACAUACAGAUAGAUACUUCUCACUUUUUCUGGCUAGUAACAUAUUUUUUAAAGUUUGCAGUUCAGCUUGAACUAGAUCCUGAGCAUAUCAGCCCAGUCUUGAGCUAUCGUAUUUUGUCCUAUUUGGUUUUUCAAGGUAUUUGGGUUUGCGAAGAGUUAGAAAUUAGUUAUACAAAACCUGAUUAUGAUCUCAAACCGUGUCUUAGGAGAUUACAUUUGGUUGUCACUGCCAUUCGAGAAUUCCUUCAGGGAGUCGAAGCUUAUCAAAAGAUGAUUCAUCUUAGUGAUAACGACAAGGACCAUUUAGCAAAAUUACAAGCUCAAAUAGUCAAACUAAAAGACCUCAAAAUGUUGUUUGUUCUGUUAUUGAGACAUUAUAAAGUGAAUUUACAAAGUAAACAGUAUUUACAAGAUCUCAUUUUGACAAAUCACAAUUUUUUUCUAUUUCUGGAUAACGCUUCCACCACGCCAAAACAUAAUUUGAGUAUGAUGGACCAUUUGAAGAAUUUUGCAACAGUUGAAAUCAUGCGCCAGUAUGGAAUUUUGUUGGAGAACUUCAAGCAAAAUGGCGAAUUUAUAAAUAAUUGUAUUUUUACAAUGAUGCACCAUAUGGGCGGUGACCUUAACCAUGUGGAGACAUUGUUUCAACCAAGUAUCCUUAAGACAUUUUCACAAAUUUGGGAAACCGAUUACGAGAUAUGUGAUGACUGGUCGGACCUCAUAGAAUACGUCAUUCAUAAAUUUAUAAACACCCCUGGCACCCAUUGUGUCGAGAACACCAGCAACCAAGUACAUUUAGACAGUGAUAAUAAUUCUAAAUCUGAAAAAACUCCUUCCGAGUAUAGCUCUCUCGAUGAAAUACUAAUGUUAUUUAGGUGGACUAAAGAAGAGAAAGAUAAUCUUCUAAAGUAUUACAAUAAAAACAAAGAAUCCUCGGACACGAUUACCAAAAUCAUUGAAAGCUACGAAGCAGGUGGAUUCAAGUUUAAAUCUCAAAUAUCGAUUAUAGAGGAACUUCUAGAACAAAAUAUUAUCAGCGAAAACGAGUAUAAUGAUUUGAGGAGACAGCAUAGAAUCGAGAGGAUAGAUUCUUUAUCUGAAGAUGAAGAAACCAAAGAUAUAAUGGAGGAUGAGUUAGGGUGCGAUGAUAGUUUAAUUGACAGUGACACGAAGGUUAUUAAGGAGUAUUUGUACAAAGAAAAUAAAGGGAAAUUUUUGAUUUGGCUGCAGGAGGUCUUACUGGAGGUUUGCUAUGUUAAGUUAGUUCUUGGAAAUCCCGAAGAGUUCAAGGGGAAUGAAAAUUUAUUAGAACCGACAGUAUAUAAUUUCGCAUUAUCUAAUCUGCCUAUUCCACUGAUCCCAUGGACUGUCGAUCAAGCCAAUAUUUUGAAACAUCAGCCUUUUAUACUGCUACUGCACAAACUUGGAUUCUACUUACCUGCCGACACCGGAAAAAUCUUCGUUCGGAUACCAAACUUCUGGACUCCGGAUUACGUAUUCAGAAUAGCACAACUGUUGGGACCAAUAAACAAAGAUAAGCUUAAAUUUGAUGUUGAUCUACUAAAAGGAAUAGAGAACUGCAAUGCCUUUGAGAUAAAACCACACGUAUCUGCCACUUUCUUUGAUCCUGGAAGAUUUUCUAUUCCAGAUCUGAAAUUAACACCAUCUGUUGUUCGUUACACACCAUUCACUAGCCAGCUCUCAAUCGCAAUUCCCGACAACGAGAUAAUAUCUUGCAACAUUCCACCACCCGAGCUAACCAUUGUUAGCAUAUCUAAUGGGCGCCCAGCAAGAAGCUCAGUGGAAAUGGAAUGUUCACCAAUUCACGCAACUGACAGUGACUUAGUGCUCAGCGAUGAAAGAAACAGUCACUGUGAUACAGCCUCCGUGGCAUCAGACUUAACCAGGAUGUGUGUGAGUGACGAGGAUGAUAAAGUAGUACUGGUUUUGGAAGGUACUGACAAAAUUGCGUGAUUUGUUUUCAUUAGGUUCUAGGUGAAUAUUUUUAUGUGUAAAAAAAAGUUGUAAAGUAUUUUAAUUUGGGUAUCAACUCCAAGACAUACGGGUAUUACUAAAUUAAUCAAGAAUUAGAUUUAUAAAAUAGUUUUUUAUAAGUAAAGCCUAUAUUUAUAGGCCAUUUUAACAGUCCAUGUGCCAUUGCUAAGAUCAUCGCACAUACAUUCAUUCCAGUUGAAGAUUACUAUACAGAGUUAUUAUAAUACUCGUCCAGUGUAGCAAAACCUGAAGCCUAUGAUAUGAAACGAAGAAUACUAAAUGUAAGAUCUGAAACACUACCAGAAAUUACUAACGAGGAAGUUAGUAAUUUCUGGUAGUGUUUCAGCGUUAGUAAUUUCUGGUAGUGUUUCAGAUAAGUUAACUGCCUUAAAACAGAUGAAAAAUGGAAAAACUCCUGGAGACGAUGGAAUAACAAAGGAGAUAAUUACAGCUGGAGGUCAAACAACUUUGGAGGCAGUUAAAAUCUUAAUGAACAAGUAUCUCUUUAGGGGUGCUAUUCCAACCUCUUGGCAAAAUGUACUGGAAUACAAUAAACCACUAUCUUUAAUAGUUGUGGAUUAUGAAACGGCUCCGAAACCUUUGUCAAUGGACUGGCUUAUCAGCAGAUGAAUCGUUACAUGCCGCGCAAAAUUGAGAACAAUAUCGGCAAAUUGUCGUUGAAACUAGCCACGACUCAAAUUUGGGCACGGUACCUACUUAAAGAACAAGAAUGAAACAGCCUUUAAUAGCAUAAAUCAACAAUGUUGGAAGCCUUGACAGAAUGCCAAAAUGACUAUUUGUAUAUAAAUAUAAUUAAACACAUAUACCAACAUGCAACAGCUAGUGUUAGAGUGGGUGAUCGUGAAACUCAGAAAUUCCCGAUACAACGUGGAGUACGUCAGGGGACACCAUAUCGCCGAAACUGUUCACUCCGCUUUUGAAAUAUAAAAGGGCAAAACUGACCGACAAGGGCAUAAACAUAAACGGAGAAUAGCUUAGCCACCUAAGGUUUGCAGAUGAUAUUGUGCUAAUAGCUGAUAGGAUAGAUGAGGCUAAAUAACUUUUAAAUCAGCUCUGCCUUUCCUCACUAGAUGGGGGAUUAAAAAAAAUUAUUAAAACCCAAACGCAGAUGAUGACAAAUCUUGCAGUCGUCGAAGAUAUGUGCAUAAGAACAAGAUUUAUAGACCAGUUAAUAGCUUUAGAAUACCUGCAUAAUGAGAUUCGCAUAGGAAAUGAUAACCAAACCGUUGAGCUUCUCCGUCGUUUAAGACAGACUUGGAUAGCCUUCGGCAAGUUGAAUCACAUUUUCAAGUCGUCCGACAUACCAAUAUAUCUUAAAAGUAAAACCUUCAAUCAGUGUAUUUAGCAGUGUUGACUUACGGAGCGGAAACGUUAACCAUCAUAAGGAGAACAAUGCAAAUGAUUCGUGUGACUCAAAGGGCGAUGGAGUGUGCUAUCUUGGGUGUUUCACUGCGAGACAGAUCGCCCUACGACGAUCAAGAGUGAUAGAUAGAUAGAUAAAUUUAUUUAACUACUUUACAAAAAAAUAGUAUUGUUUGUAGCAAGUCAAAAUUACAAGGUAUAUAAAAAUUACAAGGUGUAUAAAGUAGAAAUAUAAAACAUAAAUUAUAAAUAUCACAAACAAGAACAUAGAUUAACAAAAAAUAUUUUGUGUCACGGUAAGCAUUUCAGUGGAUGUUCUGCAAUGCGUCAUAUAUUCUUUCGAGCAAUAAAAGCAAUGCUUCAACAGAUAGUUUUUUAUGACUUUUUUGAAACUGUUAUAGCUUAACUGUUUAAUAUCUUUUGGUAAAAUAUUUUAAUGGUUAUAAUUAAGACAAUUUUGAUCUGAAAGACGCAAUCUACAGCGAUUUGUUCGCAAAUAGUGAGAGUUUCGCGUAUUGGGAACGUGAUCAUCAGACUGCUUUAUUAAAUGGGCCCGUUUUCUGUGAAUUUCAGUCAGAACUUGAUAUAUCAACAGAGUUGGUAGCGGCAUAAUUUUUAAUUUGAUGAAGAGAGGUCGACAAUGUUCCAGAUAACUAACCCCCUGCUAAAAUCCGAAUAGCUUUCUUUUGCAUCCUGAAAAUUUGAAGAGCAUUUGUUGAAUUGCCCCAUAAGAUUAAUCCAUAGCUUAGGUGUGAGUGAAAUAAAGAAAAAUAUGUCACUUUCAAUGUCUCAAAGUUGACAACCCUUGCUAGUUGACGAAUAAGAAACAAUGGACUAGACAGCUUCUUCUUUACUUGUGAAAUAUGAGCCGACCAGUUCAAUCGAUUGUCUAUGGUUAUUCCUAAUAGUUUAGCAGUCUCUUUGUCAUGUGGAUGGCCAUGUAAACUACUAAUACAGUAGAUAGAAUAGCAACAAUGAUAUAAAACUAAGCAGGUCACGUGGCUUGAAUGAAAAAUAACAAAUGGACAAAGCGAAUACUGGAAUUGAGACCAAGAGAUGAUGCCUAUCGAAGUAGAGGUCGUCCACCAACAUAUUGGACUGAUGAUCUGUUUCAUAGGAAUUUAAUGCAAGAGGCAUGAGGAAACAGAUGGAAAAUUAUAAAGGAGGUCUAUGUCCAGCAGUGGACAAGAGAAGAUUGAAUGAUGAUACAAGAGGGAAAACGAAUGAAUGAAGAUGAAUACUAGAUUAGCUUGGCUGUGAUAAGGUUGUUCUUUUAUACCUUAAUAGAUAAAAUUGCUAUAUUUUGAAAUUAGAAUAAAAUUACACAGUUAUAAUAAAAACAUAUUUUAAACGUUACAAUAUUUAACAAAUUUUAUAAUUGCGUCAACAAUGUGUAUCCCAGGCAACCAAACGACGUUUUUAUAACGUAGAUAACACGUCAUAAAAAUGACCAAUUGACGUGUUUCUAUGACGUAGUACCGACGUUGAAAAUCACGUGUAUUUGUCUCAUCGAUUUGAUACUUUCAAAAAGUGAACUCUUUCACAUGUUUCAAAAUAGGUAGUAUAAAAAUAGGUAACAUGAAACCUAUAGGUCUACGUCCCAUGUGUCGAUGAAGAUAUACUACCAUUUGUUUAAGAUCGCUUGUGCAUUAGAAGCAAUCUAACAUUGAUUCUGCAUGAUUGUAGCAGCCCUCGCAUUAUAGAAUUUUCACUAUUUAUAUAAGUAUACCUACUUACUAUGUCAAAACUGAAAAAACAUACAAACUAAUAAAUAAUUUAUUAACAAAUUACUCGAUAAAACUCGAUAACACAAACAUAAUUAGUUCAUUAACAGAAAAUAAACAUAACCUCAAACAGUUGUCAAGAAGAAUACUGCAUUAAACUAAACUCACUGCGCAAAAACGAAUACAAAUCUCCUAAUUAACACGUUUCUUCAACUAAAUAUUUAAAUGAAAAGUCUUAUUUUAUCACACAAGACACAAACCACGUAAACAAUAAAUGAGAAAUUUCUUAUGAAAACUAUUUAACGAAAAUGUUUGGAGUAAUACAAACAAGCUCCUCGCAAUUUUGUGACGUCAGAGUUAACUGUCUGAAAUGAAAACGUUUUUUAAACGUUAUUUUCACGUCAUUAACCUUACGUAUUUAAAAUCACCUACAAAAGACGUCUAUAUGACGUAAUUUUCAAACACGUGUAUAUAUUCAACCAAAACUGACGUUUCCUCGACGUUAUAUGACGUCAGUUGGUUGCCUGGUAUGUUGAUCCCAAUGUACUUUACAAUUGUUUUGACGUUGCAAUAUUUAGAACUAUAUCUGUUUCUACAUCAAAACCUAAAAGCCAAAUUUAUACAAUCCUCAAUAUGUUAUUUAUUGUUUUGACUUCUUUGUUCGUAUUAAAUUUGAUAUUAGACCAGGGCGGAUCUGUGAAAAAACGAUUAAAUUUGAAUGUGAGAGGUGGAAUUCUGAUCUAUUCAGAAAAAUUUAUAACUUCAUUAAUAAAGUAUUUAAUGGGUUGCAUGUGUGAGUCAAUACUAAGUAAGUAAUGAAAUAACAGACCUUCUCACAAUCAAUUAUUGACCGGUUUCGCUCUCUAGAGUUUACACAGCAUCUUCACGUCAACAGUAAAAAUAAAUUACAUGCUACAAAGUACAAACCCAGAAUUAUGAGUUUUGAAGAUUAAAAAAUAUUUUUAAAAAAAUUAAUUUGUUUAAAUAAAGAUUAUUUAUAGUAAUUAAGUAUGGAGAACGGUAAGGGUUUUAUACCGAUCGAAGACAAUUGUUUGGAGGAGGAGCGGAGCGACGACUCCAAUUAUUGUCUGAGAUCGGUUACCCUUAACCUUCGACAUGCUUAUAACGUUUUUUGCACGAUUGAUACCAUUAUAAAUUAUAAAAUUAAACAUUUUCGUCAUAUUGCCUAGUUUCAUUCAUUUUAUCAAGAUAGAUACUUUGGUUGUUAGGUAGUAACUAGGGUGCAUAACAACAAUGGAGAAUUGAGUUUUUAUUUAGUUGUCAAUAAUUUUAAGUACAAUUUUGAUUAUUAUAAAUUAAAAUAUGAGCGAAAGUGAAUUUGAAGAAAUUGAACGGGCUUGGGAAGAAGGGUGUUCCGCAAUUAUUCCCGAAAAAUCCAAAAUCCGUUAUCAAAAUACCUACCAAAGUUUUAAAAAAUGGUGCCAAGGCAAGAAUUUAAGAAUCGAAGAAAAGACUCUAUUGGCAUAUUUCGUUCAAAGACAUAUGCAGUUGAAAGCUCCUGGAAGCCUCUGGGCAGAAUAUUCAAUGAUUAAAUCCACCGUUUUUCUUUAUGAUGGCAUUGAUAUUUCCAAGUUUUCAACUUUGAUCGCGUAUUUGAAGAGAAAAAAUGUUGGAUACUACUAAUGUAUGCGAUUCUGCAGGAGUUUCUGUUAGAAGUGAAACCACAGCCCAAACAAGUGGGAUUUCAAUAAAUAAUUUAACAAAUUGUACCAUAAGUUUCAAUAUUAAUAAAUAAUUCGUUAGUUUUCUUUAUUCUUUCAAAAAAUAAAUUAAAAUUAAGAGAUUUUUUAACUCGACGGUAAGUGAAUUACUUACCGUCGAGUUGGAGUACUUACCGUCGAGUUGGAUUACUUACCGUCGAGUUGCUAGUAAAUGUCACCUACUGACGUAAAAUCUGUCACGGUAAACAGUCAAAAAUGAUCAAUCGUGCAAAAAAUAAUAUUAGUAAGUAUACCUACAGCUUUUAAAUGAAAAUACUUGUAUUUGUAAUAUAAAAAAGGUACAUGUUUGGAAAGUUUUUCUAAAAAAGUCUACAACAUAGGAAAAAAUAACAAAAAUAUGACAAGAAAAUUAUAAUACCUGUUUAUUUUUGAAUUAAUUUUAUACAAAAUUGCAUUCAUAUUUAUAAUAACCAGUUAAAUAUUAUUUUAACCAUUGAAACCUAUUUGCAAAAUUAUUACUCCUAAUUAAUAAAAUAAAAGUAAUGCGUAAGGAUAAAUUUUCAAUUUUUUCCAUUUCUUUUUUUUCAAAUUUUUCUCUAUCCGUUUCCAUACUUUUUCGAAUAAAAUGAACCCGGACUGGUACUGGGUUGAGAAUUGAUUGUACGUAUCCUCCAUUGUUUUCUUGAAAUUUUCUAUGGUUGAAUUCUUUAAAAUGGAUAUUGGAGCUGACGGGCUAGAAGUUGGUGGAAAUUGAGUUGGUGGUUGCAUUUCUAGUAGACCGAAUAUUUCGUUGAGAAAAUCCUGACGUUCCACUGUGAGAUCAAUCUAAAAAAAACUACAUUAGAAUAAUUUAUUUAAAAAAAAUAUUACUAUAAUAGAUAAUGUUUUCAAAAUAAUUUAAUAAAGUUCCUAGACAGAUUUUAAAUUAAAUAAUUAAUUAUAAAACAAAAAAAUAUAUUAAAAUAAUAUUAAUUAAUUUAAAAAAAAA